AUGGCUAAAGUCCAGGUACUGGCAUCAUUACUGCUUGCAAUAUUCUGCCUUCAGAGCCUGCAAGUGUUUGGAUCGGAUCCCGAGCUCACUUCGGACUUCAAAGUCCCAGAUGGAGAGAAUGCCACAGCUCUGGAUGGAAAUUUCUUCACCUUCCCCGGUUUCAGGAACUUCACCGCCAAUCCGUCUGAUGCUCCCCUCGUAACGACUAUGAGAGCAGACCUCUCUAAUUUUGCAGCACUCGAUGGCCUCGGUAUCUCUUCCACUCUCGUGGUUGCUCCACCAGGGACCGUAAAUCCUCCUCACGUCCAUCCUCGUGCUUCGGAGCUCGUGUUCGUGCUCGAAGGCACCGUCGACAUCGGCUUCGUAGACACCACUAACACGCUGAGGACCCAGACCUUGAAGGAGGGAGAUCUUUUCAUUGUCCCCAGGGGCUUGGUUCACUUCCAGUUCAACAACUAUCAGACGACGGCUAAAUUUCUCAACUCCUUCAGCAGCGCCUCUCCGGGAGUUGCCAGGCUCCCGACCACUCUGUUCGGGACCGGCAUAGCUGAUGCAGUUUUGAUUAAAUCCUUCGGAGUGACAGCUGACGUCAUCGACAAGCUACAGGAAGCUGAAGGGGCUGGAACGCAACCAGGCUACUAG